AUGGUCUACGUUCGCCAGGAGUUCCUGCCGAACCUCAAGGAGUACAAGUAUGCGUCGGUCGACCAGUCGUUGACGUCCAAGUACAUCCUCAAGCCCUUUUACACCCACUUUGUCAUCAAGCUCUUCCCCAUGAGCAUGGCGCCCAACCUCAUCACGCUGUCGGGCUUCAGCUUCAUCAUCGCCAACAUCCUGACGCUGCUGUGGUACAACCCCACGCUCGACCAGGACUGCCCUUCGUGGGUGUACUACUCGUGGGCUGCGGGCCUGUUCCUGUACCAGACGUUUGAUGCCGUCGACGGAUCGCAGGCGCGCCGCACCAGACAGAGCGGCCCUCUCGGCGAGCUCUUCGACCACGGCGUCGAUGCUCUCAACACGUCGCUCGGCGCCCUCAUCUUUGCUGGGGCGCCGUGUCGUUCUGGUCGCAGCCAUGCUGCCGACCAUUGGCGUGCCGGCGCUGCCUCUUGUGCCCCAAGUUUUAUCUACAACGCGUCCUUCACCGAGUGGUACCUCACCCAGGGCGGCGUCGUGCUCGUGCUCAACACGCUCGAGUCGACGCGCAACGUCAUCCAGGCGCGGCGCGCGCGCGGCGACCGCUCGCGCGGCGCCCUCCUCGGCCUGGGGCCCUUCUUCGCGGCCUGGGCCUUCCUCGGCUCGUACCUCUACCUGCACCCGACCAUCCUGCACAACCACCUCGUGCCCUUUACCGUCUUCGCCGGCAUCGUCAACGCCUACUCGGUCGGCCAGAUGAUCACGGCGCACCUCGUCAAGCUGCCGUUCCCCUACUGGAACGUGCUCGUCAUCCCCGUCGCCUUUGGCGUCCUCGACUCGCUGGGCCCCCAGCUGCUGGCCCGCGGCCUGCCCUUUGGCUGGCCCUCGGCCCUCGGCGACGGCGUCUACCAGGUCUCGUACAUGUUCCUCAUGCUCGGCAUGGCCGUCGGCGUUUACGGCAGCUUUGUCGUCGACGUCAUUGUCACCAUUUGCGACUACCUCGACAUUUGGUGCCUCACCAUCAAGCACCCGUACGUCGAGGGCGUCGACGAGAAGACGGAGAAGCAGAACUAG